AUGGAGGAUGGUUUGAUGGAUCUACCGGAGAAUUGGGAGGGAGCACCUUUAAGUUAUAAAGCCAUUUUUCUUGCUAUUGUGGGGAGAACGGGUAAUGGCAAGAGUUCAGUAGCAAACACCAUUCUUGGAAAACCAACCUUCUAUUUUUCUCAUGGUAUUGAUCCGAUAACAUGUGCUUCUGAAAUGAGAAGCACUAUUUUGAAGGACGGACGUCGUGUGCAUGUUAUUGACACUCCUGGAUUAUAUGAUUUUUCAACUGGCUCUGAGUUCGUUGGUAGAGAGAUACUGAAGUGCAUAGAUCUGGCCAGGGGUGGUCUCCAUGCUGUACUCAUGGUGUUCUCAAUAAAAAACCGCAUUUCAAGUGAUGAAGAGUUUGCUAUCCAGAAUUUAAAAACCUUCUUUGGUGAUAAGAUUAUUGACUACGUCAGUGUAGUUCUUACUGGCGGUGAUAUACUUGAAAUGCGUGAGAUAACUUUGAGUGAAUACAUUAAAAGGCUUCCAGAGUUAUUAAAGAACUUUAUUCUCUUAUGUCAAAAAAGAGUUAUUAUUUUUGAUAACAUGACCAAGAAUGAGGCUAAGAGAGAGAGGCAAGUAAGACAGUUGAUCUCUCUUAUCGACGAUGUUGUUGCGAUCAAUGGAGGCAAACCUUUCACAAGACAAAUAUAUGAAAGAGCAUUGUGCCAGCAACAAAUAAAAAAACAAAACAAAGAUAAUCCAGAAUGCUCGACGAAGGGUUUAGCUAAACGAAAGGAAAAACUUGAUAUAUCAUAUGAUGAUGAGUCCAAAGGCAUAUCAGAAAUGGUACAUUGCGAUUUGUAUGGAAAAAUAGAAAAGCUUCAGAAGAAUUUUAGUCAAGAGAAAACUUCAAGACUGAAAUUAGAUGAGAAUACAAAAACUUCAAUACAAGAAUUACAGAAUGCUAUAGAAAAAUUAAGGUUGGAAGCAAAAGAGAUUGUAGAAACUUCAGAAACAGCAAGGCUGAUAUCUAUACAAGAACUACAAAAUGCUAUAGAAAAAUUAAGGCUGGAAGCAAAAGAGAUUGCAGAAACUGUAGAAUCAGCAAGGCUGCUAUCUGAUAAGAAGAUCCGAGAGCUCAAAGCAGAGCUAGAGUCAAAUUGUGGCUGUGUGAUACUAUGA